AUGCGAUGCGCGAGCAAGGCCGCCGAGAGCGCGUCCGCACGUCUCUGUGCGGACGCCGAAGCAGAAACCGCAGCAACUGAUGUCUCAUCGGUUGCUGAAGCGACUCAGCCUCUGUCACUUGGUGAUGCAGGCGCUGGUCAUGAAGACACUCAUGUCUUCACAGAGUAUGAGCUCGGAGUCUCAUACUCUCCUGAUACGGAAGACGGAUCCGUAUCGACGGCGAUCGAAUCCAAGCGCCUGCCAAGCGUGGUAUGGAUGAUGCUAUGCGUCGUAGCAUCUUUGGUUCAUCUAAUGAAUCAGAUGAAACAUCGCCAAAGCGAAGGCGCUCGAGGUCGCGAGACUCGGGCGCUAACAGUGGUGUCGGUUCUCCUAUGA